AUAAGAACUCGUGGUGAAACUGUAUACCCUGCAUAGGAUUGAAAUUUGCGAAAACCACGGCCACUUUGAUAGUACAUGCUCGUCUUGUCCAAAUGUUCUGAGGGAGGGGUAUGACACUACGUUCAUCCGGCCCAGGACUACGUCGGAUACCACGAUUCUAGGAAAGUGCAGUAGACCGUAUCGUUUGCGAAUUGUCGAAAAGAGUGAGCCUCUUUGCACAACCCGUUUGCUGCUCAUUAGAACGAAAUUUCAAUCAUGAGUUCUUCUCGCUGUUCUUUCCAGGGGGAGUCACAAGACAAAAAGGGGGAGUCACAAGACAAAAAGGUUAGCGAUGAGAAGGAGCCUCUUCUUUCAGGAGACAAAAAGAAAUAUGAUAAGCCAUUGGAAGAUCCCGUGAGAAGCUGCACACCCCAUGGCCAAGAAACGCUCCCUACUGGAUAUUCCGACUUCGAUAACCAAAGCGUCAAGGGAAUGAAAGGUGAUCGUGCACCAGAUGAGAAUGUCGUACCCGAUGUUGAAACCAAACCAAACCGUCGCAAGAAACGUCCAGAAGCUGGGUCGAGCGCAAGUGGAACAAAUUCAGUCGAGCAGGCUGCUAAUUUUGGCGAAAAGGGAACCAAGCCUGAGAAGAAAAAAGUAGAGACUAACGACGAGCUAAGCAAAGUUCUCGACUUCAAAAAGUUCGACAUUUCCGAGUUGGAUUGCAUUUUCGCGGAUUUUAAAACAACGUUGGAUCCAUUCGUCCAAAAUCGCGAGGACAUGGCCAAAGCAGAGGAAUCCUUUAAGAAAGCUGUUACCACGCUGGAACAAAUCAGUCCGCAUGCGCAGUUCAGUGAAUAUGUGCACGCCCUGAAGACGCGACUCACAUCAGAGGGAAUCGUAGUCAAGAUAAAAGAGGGAGCUCUGGCCAUUUACACAGAGGGAAAAAAGACAGUACAAGGAAUUCUUGACGCAGUAGCUGCUGUAAAUGCCAUACUUAAACUGUCGAAGGAAUUAAAAGCUAUGCCGAUGAUUAUCGCAAGAGGAAGUGACGAUGCAGUCGAGAGAGCUGAAGGAAUGGAUCUGCAAGGAAUCUUGAAACGAGAGUUUAAGAGCUUGUGGGAUUUUGGAAAGAUCCCAAGGCAAAAAAAGGCCUUCAGCAACAACGUCCAACAAGUGAGGAGAGCUCCUGACAUGGUGCGCGAUUUCUACAGCCAAGCCAAGAAGAUCAUCCUUGAAAUUUAUCAUGCUUUUGCCGAUGAAGAGGAACAGAAGAAAAUUGAAGGGGAGCUGAACGAGGGCGACGACACUUCAAAAGAAAAAGAUAAAAGCGAAGGCAAUAAGGCGGAAGAAGCAAAUGGAGGAAGCACCUCAAAGAAGAAGACUGACAAGAAGGAAGGAAGUAAAGCUGACAAAAGUAAGUCCAACAAGGAAAAGGACAAAGAGGAGUUUCACAAGAAGUUGAAGUUUGAUUCAGUGGGUCUUGAUGACAUUGAUAAUAUGUUUUCUUCCCUCGCAACUGCCAUCAAUCCGUUCGUGGAAACGCGUGAGAGCCUGCAAGCCGCCAAAGAAUCUUUCGAGAAUAUUGUUAAGAAGAUCCUUAACUUUGAAGCAAAGAAGGAACUUAAAGAGUACAUCAAAGAGUUAAAAAAAGACGCCAAGGAAGGAAACAUUACGAUCUACAUCGAUGAAACAGAUGGCGAGAUUAAAGUGAAAUCAAUUGAAGGCGUAAAACCGCCCAAGCCUUACCGUGAUGCAGUUGAAGCGCUGAAGAACAUCAGAACAGCCGGAAGUGAAGCAGUGGAACUUGAGCCAGACGUGCAGCAUGGAAUAGAAGAGUUCAUGCACAGAAUCACUCAAAUCAAUCCACUGCGUGACUUUCACAGCUUGCUUAAGAAGAAGUCUGAUGUAUUUGCUCUUCCAGGGAAGAUAAAAAGAUUCAACGAGAAUCGUAAAAAAGCACAAGAGAUUCCGGGUAUUGUCAAAGAGUUCUGCCUGUAUGUGGAACGCAUUCUAACUGACAUCCUUGAAGCUUUGACAGGGGAAGAGGACUCAGCGACAAAGAAAGAAGAGGGCAGCGGUGAAGAAGGAGAUAAAAGUCCCACGGAUGAGAAUCAACCAAAGAAAUACGAGCCGCAUCAUAAGCCAUUGGAGAAAGAAGAGAGCAGUGGUGAAGAAGGAGAUAAAAGUCCAAUCAUGAGAUUUUUUUGCUGUUGUUUCCAGGUAUGUAGACAAUGUUAG